AUGAAACAUCUCACCACGAAAAACGUUCGCCUUUACUUCUUUACUGCCUUUUUUAUCUGUUUGGCCUUCCGUUGCCUCCUGGGUAUGGACAAAACCACGCGAAGUUUCAGUCGCGGACAGAGAGCGUUUAAAGAUAACACCACGGGUUUGCCAGACGUCCUCAAGCGAUUGAAAUCCUUGGAAGAAAAGAUAGAUGCGUUACUGAAACCAAGACUUCAAGACUCGUGGUUUUUGGCCUACCUUUUAGGGGUUCAUGGGAGAAGUAACAUGAAAGGCUUAAUGGGACCACCUGGGCCACCUGGACUUCCUGGAAAACCUGGACGAAUCGGAGAAAAAGGAGAAGAUGGAAAACCAGGAACCAUAAAAUCUGUUCCAGGCUCUCCAGGUCCUAAGGGGGAACGUGGAGCACGUGGAAGUCCUGGAACCCAAGGGGCUAAAGGAGAGAAAGGGCAACCUGGGAGGUCCGGGGUGAAGUAUGUUCGCUGGGGAAGAACCACGUGUCCCAGUGGUGCUCAGAUUGUCUACAAAGGAUUGAUAGGUGGCGAACGUUACAAUCAUCAAGGCGGUGGAGUAAACUAUCUCUGUCUUCCAAGCAGCCCAAAGUAUGACAAGUACAAAGAUGGACGUCAGAACGCGGGAUUCGUGUAUGGAACUGAGUAUGAAGUAAAUUCUUUCAACCCUUUUACGAAAUCCCUCGAUGACCACGAUGCACCGUGCGUUGUAUGUUUUGUCAGGUCACGUGCCUCAAUGCUUAUGAUGCCUGCAAGGAAUGAUUGUCCAUCUGGGUGGACCGAGGAGUAUCAUGGGUACUUGAUGACUGCAUACUACGACCACAAGAAGCAGCGCGACUACGUAUGUGUUGACAAGGACGCAGAGGCUCGCCCAGGUACGGCGGUAAGCAAAGAUGGUGCAUUACUGUACCCCGUGGAAGGUGUUUGUGGUUCACUCCCGUGUCAUCCAUAUGUCGCCGGCAGAGAGUUGACCUGCGCUGUAUGCACCAAGUAACAGGAGGGC